UUGUCGUCUUCCUGAGGACAACUGGACGGUGCACUUCCCACCAGCGCAGCCAUCUCUCCGCCUGCCUUUCGCCUGUCUCUGGGUUCUUCGACCCCUUUCCUUCCCUGUUUCAAGAUCGGUAUAUAUAGAGUGAGUGGGAGGAAGGGAGGAUCGCAACCAGCUGCAAUGUCUUGCUUGCAUGAUCACAGCUGCGAGGAUCACAACUGCUCCGCGGAUUGGUCGCUCCACACCCACAUCGAUCUUUCCAAGGUUUCGGCCCUAAAUGAAGCAGUCGCUGGAAGCGUCAAAUCGGUUUUCAAGCCCUGGAAUCGUCGAUUAGAUACGUCCGAGGGCUUCCUCGAAAGCAAUGAUGGUGAUCCUGAAUUGCUUGUUUUCAUACCGUUUACGUCAGAUGUCAAGAUCAAGAGCAUCUCCGUUGUUGGUGGUUCUGGAGGAACAAGUCCUUCAAAGAUGCGAGCGUUCAUAAACCGUGAUGGUAUCGACUUUUCUGAUGCUCAAAACAUGCAGCCUGUUCAGGAAUGGGACUUGAAUGAGAAUUUGCAAGGACUCUUGGAGUAUCAAACAAGAUACUCAAGAUUUCAGGGUGUGGGAAAUCUUACUCUGCAUUUUCCUGAUAAUUUUGGUGGGGAUACCACUCAGAUAUAUUACAUCGGGUUAAAAGGGGAAGCUACUCAGCUGAAAAGGGAUGUGGUAGCGACAAUUGUCUAUGAAAUUACGCCCAAUCCAUCGGAUCACAAAACUCGAGCUGAUGCGGGGUCUCUAGCACAUGUGGAGUGAAACUUAACAGUGCAGGGUGACAGAAGCGUAGAGGAAUGUUUGCUUUUGCUGCUGCUCUUUUGUGUUUUUGAAUGCAUCUCUCCUUGCUAUAUGAACCCGGCGGACAUAGUUAAGCCAUGUUGAUGUUGUUCAACGGACGGACACCUAAACUAAACGCUAACGAUAUCUGAUGUUGUUCGAUUUGGGACGGUCUCCCAGUUGUAAGAGCAUAUCAUCAAAUACGAUGUGCCAGGCAAUAAAAAGUGCAUUGUGCUGAA